CCAGAAGAAUAGUUUGUAUAAUGUCCAAGAAAAAUAAAUAUUGCACAUCUGUUUAUUUUUAAACUUUAGUUUGGAUUUUCAAUUGAUUCUAUUGCUGUACAUAAGUAUUCUCCAAAAAGAUCUUAAUAAGAUGCCACCAAAAAAGGGAUUACAAAAACCAAAAACACCUUCCACUCCAGGUUCAAAAGGAAAGAAGAAAGUAGCCAAAAAGACAACAUGGGAAAUCAUAAUGGAACAGACUCUCGAGGAAUUCGACGAGGAUACGGUCAAAGAGCAGUAUCCUCAGGUUUUUGAGGCGUUCCAUUUAACCACUCAGGAAAAAACUUAUGAUGGCGCCUUCAAGGAAAUGAAGCACGAGUGGCAUGUGUACAAAUACUGCAAUGACCUUAAGGAUAUGUACAUUUCCAAAUUGAAAGAUGACCAUAUGUUGCUCGAAGAGCAGAAGAACAUAAUGAAAAUUGUUGAAAUGGAGCAUAUCGAUGAUAUGUUGGCAAAUUAUAUAGACACUGUAGACAGGGCGAUUGAGACUUAUAAGGACCGAAGAGAUAGACUGAUGCGAGAGAGGUUUACUUUUAUGAACCGAAAUUUCAGAUCGGCUCACGAGGAUGUAGAGUAUGUAAUGCAGGCUAAGGAUGUCAUGAUGAAAGAACACCAUGAAGAAAUGAACCACCUCAAGGGGGUGCAAACAUUUGAAAAAGACGAACAAAUUAAAAAGUCGAAAGCAGAACUCAGAGUGGUGCUUAAAGACGCCUUAAAAGACAUGCUUGAUAAGUUCUGCCAAAUUAGAAGUAUAUACUGCACGUAUAUAACCAACACUGAAAAGAAGAGAAGAGCGUUUUCCCAGCUGAAGGCAAAGGACAGAUCUGAUGACAUUAUCAUCGAAAAACUCAGGGAUAAAAUUGCAAGCCUCCAUAUAGAGAAGGAAUACAUAACAAAAAAAAUGAAAAUAGAAUACAUUAAUGCUUCGAAAAUAGAAGAUCUGGAGUCAGAAAAAGGCACUCUUGUAGAUAUGCUUGGAAAAAUGAGAAUACAGCUUAAACAAGAUUAUGCCGAGGAUGGAGCCAGGCUAAUGCAUCUGACAAAUUUGUGCAAUUCGGUUAUUGAAGAAUUGCAAGAGCAAGAACGUCUAGUUGAAAAGAUUUUAAAAUAUAUAAUUUUAAGCCAUAAAUACGAGACGCUGUCGGAAAAGAUUCAGCCUUAUUCAACAAUGAUUGAAAGGAUUGACAUCGCUUUCAAUGACGAUUUCCCAGAGUACCGAGACUUGGACAAAUUUCUCUUUAGAAUGGCUCAAAUUGAAAUUCAUGUCGACUAUAUGAAAUCGUUGCUUGAAAAAUACCAAGAUCAAGAAAGGGAGUUGAAAGCACUUGUUUCUGACGCUGUCAGCAAGUUUUACGUUUGAAAAAAGGUCCAAA